AUGAAUAAAAAAGAAAAAGGGUUUCAAGAGAAAGAGAGAAAACAAAUGACAGAACCACAAGGCUUUGAUCCCACGAAAUUUAAAAUAAUUACACGAGACGUUCUUACAGAAUACAAAGAAUUACCAAAUGACUUAGCACGUGUUCAACGUUCAAUGAAAGAAGAAGAUCAUCCAUUUGCACAAGCACGAGAAUAUAAACGAGCAUUAAAUGCAACAAAAUUAGAUAAAAUAUUUGCUAAACCAUUUAUAGGGAAUUUAGCAGGACAUCCAGAUGGAGUAACAUGUAUAACUCGAACAGGAAAUGAAAUAUCAUAUAUGGCAAGUGGAGGAUAUGAUGGAGAAGUAAGGGUAUGGAAUGUUGGAACAAAACAGUGUUUGUAUAAUAUUCAAGCACAUGAUACUGUUUGUAAAGGAAUUAGUGUUUCUACAACAAAAAUACCAUAUAUUGUUACAUGUUCAACAGACCAUACAUGUAAAUUAUGGCCAUUAUCAAUUUCUACAGAAGAAGAUAGUAAACCAGCAAAAGUAAAUGCACCAUUAAUGACAUAUAAUCAUGAAUUACCAUUUUCAUGUAUUGAUACAAGAAGAGGAACAGAAGAUUUUUGUACAGGAACAAGUGAAGGACUUGAUUUAUGGACAUUUAAUAGAAAUGAAAUUGUACAACAUUAUGAUACAGAAACAGAUGGAGUUUUAGGAUGUAAAAUUAGUCCAACAGAAAAUAAUGUUGUGGAA